GCCGGCCGGGGGGUGGCCGUAAGGUGAAGGUUGUUGCAGUGGGUUCAUUAAAAGACAGAGUUCAACUCCUCGCCAUCGCAGAGCGCUGCUGGGAGGCUGGUUCGGCUGUGUGCGAAGGGGGGAAAAGGAGGGAAAUAAAACAAAACAUAAAGAAACCAGAAAAGGGACCAAACCCUCAGAUACUUAAAACAAUUCUAAGAGGAGCGGAGCAAGAGCGGCGUUGGAGACGGCGGGAAGCAGGGGCAGGCUGCGCGCUCCCGAGGCCCGGCGAGGAGGAAGGAUGAUAAACGUGGUGGCUCUGUGGCUGGUGGCCCUUUGCUUCCAGGCUGCUGUCCCGCAAACUACAAAUCUGAACCUUCCCCCUGAAGACCUUGAUUCAUCUGGUGAUGAGGAUGAUGCAUUCUCAGGUUCAGGUGCAGGUCCCCUGACUGAUCAGUCUCGCACCUGGAAAAUCCCAGGAGAAUCAACUAAUUCCUCAAAAGUGGCAGCACCAGUGGAUUUCAGUGAACAGCCAUUUCAUGGGAUUGAGAGCAGAACUGAAAAGGAAGCAAUAUUCCCUUCUGCAACCAGUCAUCCAGUGACAGAGGAGCCAGUUGUAGCUGUGAAAGAUGAAGUAUCCAUCCUGGGCUCACCUGAUGAGAAACCAACAAGCCACAUACUCACAACAACAGUGAGAAGUCCCACUGCUCACUUUCCUUCUGUGGUUCAUGUGACUCCGUCAGAAGCCUCUGCUGUGGUCCAUGAGAUUGAGCCUAAAUUCCCCAGUUCUGAUGUGCCAGACACCAAGGAUGUGCCCGAGCCCCACUCUACUGUCCAUGGUGAGGGGGAGGUCGCUGCCACCCCCGCAGCCACAGCUCCAAGGGAUGUCGCGCCUACACAUGAGGAGGUUUCUGAAGUUGGCUCUGGAGACCCGGGAGACUUCAUCUUGACUAAAGACGAGGACUUUCCCCCAACUCAGAACUCAGAAGUACUGGCUGACUCUGAGAGGAAUGCCAAAGCAGCAGGAGCCUCAGGAAUUAUGGACAGAAAAGAAGUUCUUGGAGGUGUUAUUGCUGGAGGACUUGUAGGCUUGGUGUUUGCAGUGUUUCUAGUUGCAUUUAUGCUGUACAGAAUGAAGAAAAAAGAUGAAGGCAGCUAUUCACUGGAUGAACCAAAACAGUCUAAUGGAGGAUACCAAAAACCACACAAACAAGAGGAAUUCUAUGCAUAAACACUGCUCUUCAGGACACUUCUUAUUCCAUCUUUCUUGGACUCUUCUCUCCCUGCACGUGGACCUCCUAGUGUGCUUUGCAUUAAACUUAAGCCAUAUGAUCAUUGGGUUAUUUGCCCAUACCACUUUGCCAUUGGAAAUUUUUUAACUACAAAGUAGAUCUGGAUUCAUUGAACAUUCCCUGCUUUCUUGCACAACUUGGGGGUUUUUUUUGUUUUUUUUUUUUUUUUUU